AUGGAAGGAUUGAGGAAGACCGAGCCAGAGGGCAUUUCCAGUGUCACUGAGGGUGGAAGGCAUGAUGCGGAAGCAAGAAGGAGCAAGCUGUGUCUGGGGAAGCAAGGAGACAGGAGGGUUGGGGAGGCGCUGGAGGAGGGGAGCAUUGGUCCUUCCAAACCUCCCUCCGCUAGUUUUCCUGAAAGUCUUCAGAAGACGUCAUCCAUGCGCUUGUGUGUGCAGCGGUCCCUUCCCUCGUGGCACUUGUCAGUUCCUUUCUCUGAUGAGGGGGAGCGGGCGGCUGGGUCCCCCAGCUGCUGUCAGCGCCCUCCUGAUGAAGCACCCACUGUGCCGUGGCCUCUGAAGCCACCUCCCCUGGCUGCCUGCAACCCCACGGUAGUAUCGCCGUCCACGUUCGGGGCCAUCUUCUCAGAAGUGGCUGAUGCUAAAGGUGCUAGAGCCCUGCUGCGUUCUCUUUGA